AUGCCGAAAGGUUGGUGCAAUACCAUUCUUUCACAAAGUCUCAUGGCGGUUGCUUCUAAACAACGAUGGAGCACAAUGACAUUACUAUUACUAUUUCUUGUUAUUGCUGCUUCUGCACCGUUAUUCACCGCGGCGGCAUGUCCCUCUUACUCCUCCAUCUUCAGCUUCGGUGAUUCCUUAGCCGACACCGGUAACCUGUUUUACAGCUCCUCCGAACUCUCUAAUCACUGCUUCUUUCCUCCCUACGGCCAAUCCUACUUUCAUCAUCCAUCUAACCGUUGCUCCGAUGGACGUCUCAUCAUCGAUUUCAUAGCUGAAUUGUUAGGAAUUCCAAUGGUGAAACCGUAUUUGGGAAUAAAAAAUGGUGUAUUGGAAGAUAAUGCAGCAAAGGAUGGAGUGAAUUUUGCGGUUAUAGGAGCAACUGCGUUGGACGUUAGUUACUUUGAAGAGAGGGAUGUUAAAGUUGGUACCAAUUAUUCAUUAACGGUUCAGUUGAGCUGGUUCAAGGAACUUCUCUCUACUCUUUGCAAUUCUUCAAAAAGUUGCCAUGAUAUUCUUAAAAACUCAUUAUUUCUUGUGGGAGAGAUUGGAGGCAAUGACUUCAAUUAUCCCUUAUUUACACGCAAGAGCAUAGAAGAGGUUAAAACAUAUGUUCCAGAUGUAAUCAAUGCAAUAACUUCAUCCAUCGAUGAGUUGAUUGAUCUAGGGGCAUGCACACUAAUGGUCCCUGGGAAUUUCCCACUGGGAUGCAAUGCAAUCUAUUUAACAAAGUAUGAAACCAAAGAUAGUAACCAAUAUGACUCAUUCGGUUGUUUGAAGUGGUUAAAUGAAUUUGCUGAAUUUUAUAACCAGAAGCUCAAUGAUGAGAUACAUAGGCUUCGAGAAAUUUAUCCUCAUGCUAAUAUCAUAUAUGCUGAUUAUUACAAUGCUGCAUUGCCAUUGUACCAGUAUCCAUCAAAAUUUGGUUUUUUAGGUCUUAAAGCUUGUUGUGGGAAGGGAGGUUCUUAUAAUUUCAAUGGAUCUGAACCUUGUGGAAAACAAGGUGUAGUUGCAUGUGACGAUCCUUCUCAGUAUAUUGGGUGGGAUGGUAUUCAUUUGACUGAGGCUGCAUAUAGAGUGGUUGCUGAUGGUUUAAUAAAUGGACCAUAUUCUCUCCCACAAUUUAGUAACUUGUGCUCUAUGAAUGUUAGCUAUGGAUAUUUAAAUAGCUAG